AUGAAGAUGGACGUGUUCCCUCGCAAGGUUGAUAGCCAUACUGUUCCUGGUCCAAGAGUCGACUUGCGCUUUGACCAAGGAGGUCUCAUUGGCACUGGAGGUUGGUUCUUGCCCCAAGUCGCCCAGCACGACUUCUACAUCCAUACUCUGGAAUGGGAUAUGUCCGGGGCCCCGUCAGGGACGCGCACUGUCUGGACCUAUGGAGAGGGACCUCACCGUAUUGAGCAGCCCGGCACUAUCGACACUUUUUCUCGCUCCAUUUUCAUGGUUGGGCCCGUCCAGAGCUCCCCUAGGGACUGCAGCCACACAAUGCGGCGGGCACCUGUGCUACAUACUGAUCUAUACACGCCGAUGGCAGACUUUUUCCAAGACUUGAAUAGCUCGUAUCGCGUUUUUAUUCGGACUGCUCCCCGAGGCUGGGGGGGUUCCGCCUUUUUGGGCAGCUACAUUCUGGAAUAUAGCGAUACAAUAUUGGACGAAGCAGAUGCAGAGGUCACAAGCCUGCUUGCGCAUGAAAUGGUGCACAGUUUCACAGCUAUGAGUAAUGAAGAGAAUGGUGAGGAGAACGCCUGGUAUAGAGAAGGAAUGGCCGAAUAUUACGCAACCUUCCUGCCAUACCGCUUCGGCCUCGUCCCACCAUCUUACGUGGCCACGAGAGUCAACAGUAACUUGUACAGAUACUACGCUAAUCCGGAAAUCAACAUCUCCAUGGCCGAUGCGUUGAAAGGUUUUUAUACGUCAUGGUAUUCGGAGUGGAUACCCUACGAUCGCGGGUUCGUAUAUUUUCUCUUGGUAGACGACCAACUGCGACGCCUGCCUGAUAAGCCAAAUUUGAAUUCCUCGGGUAUUUUCGAUCGAACUGUCCUGGAGCUCUCCGCGAGAUGGAGACGGGGUGAAAAGGUUCAGCGAACAGAUUGGCUUGCGAGCAUUGGGCAGUUUUUGCAAGGCGGAGUUGAUUGUGCUGCUCAGCUACAAGCCGUCUUGACCGGCAAACCUAGCAUCAACCUUGCGGGUCGGCGCGUAGAAUCACGAAGAAAUGUGCUGCGCGAAACGAGGCAACCUGUUAUUCAGUAUGGCUAUAGCAGACUGUCUGCAUCGAGGGGCAUUGUUGAAGGCCUGGUGCCCGGGUCGCAUGCUGAGCGGGCUGGUCUACGCAAUGGGGAUGUAAUCGUCAGAACGGGGUCUAUGACUGAGGCUUCGCAGGAGCCGCUUGCGAAGUAUUUUGUCGUGGUGAGCAGAGACGGAGAGGAAAUCCGAAUCGAGUAUUCCCCGCGUGAGGACCGAGAAGUGUCGUGUUGGUUGCUGGAGAGCUUCAAGGAUGACGUUACUCCCGCCAGCAUCAUGCGCUAG